AUGUUCGUCGGUGGCCCCAACACUAGAACUGAUUUUCACUUGGACGAAAGCCCAGAGUUCUUCUGGCAGCUCAAAGGCAACAUGCAAUUACCAAUAGUUGAACGAGGAAAGAAACAGGUCGUUGAGAUCAAGGAAGGCGAAGUUUUUCUCCUCCCCAGUAGAAUACCACACUCGCCUCAACGUCCAGAAGCCGGCAGUUUAGGGCUUGUUAUUGAGCGAGCUCGUGUGGAAGGAAAAGAGUUUGACGCCUUGCGGUGGUACACAGAUUUUGACAAGUGUGAUGAAAUCCUGUGGGAGAAGUACUUCUAUUGUGACGAUCUCGGUCGAGAUUUGGUACCAGUGGUUGAGGAAUUCAAAGCCUCUGAAGCAUUUGCAACAGGCCGACCGACGGUUGGGUCGGUGGUAGCAAAUCCUCCACUACGCCAGGACUGUCAGACGAGCGUUCCUCCGUUCUCCCUGAAAGAUUGGUUGCAAGCGCACGAACAAGACCUUUCAAAACCCGACUCGCGACUGAGCCUCUUCGGAGACGACCACCCAGAGAAAGGCUUUACGGUC